AUGGAGUGUAACAAGGAUGAAGCUAAAAGAGCAAUGGUUAUUGCUGAAAAGAAACUCUCAGAGAAUGAUUACGUUGGAGCCAAGAAAUUUCUCACCAAGGCUCAAAACCUAUACCCUAACCUUGAUGGUCUGAAUCAAGUUUCCAUGAUGAUCCAUGUCUACAUCUCAGCAGAGAACAAGAUCAAUGGAGGAAAAGAAUCUGACUUGUAUGAAGUUCUUGGUGUUGAUCCUCUCGCUGAUGAUGAAGCUUUGAGGAAACAAUACAAGAAGCUGGCUCUGUUGCUUCAUCCUGAUAAGAACAAGUGUCAAGGAGCAGAAGGUGCGUUUAAGCUGGUUUCGAAUGCUUGGACUUUGCUGUCUGACAAGGCUAAGAGGAUUGCUUAUGAUCAGAGGAGGAAGUUGAGUACUGGAAUGCAGAAACCACCUGCAGCAAACCAACACAACAAGCCUCCAGGCUCUUCUAACGUGCAUCCAAAUGCUAACGGUAGAAGUAAUCAUCCAAAUGCAAGUGGGCCGCAGAGACCACCACCGUAUGCACCCAAGCCAGCUUCUGCUAGUACCAAUCAAAGUGCUAACACUAGAAGUAACCAGCCUGCAAGUGGGCCACAGAGACCACCACAGAAUCCAUCCAAGCCAGCUUCUACUAGUACCAAUCAAAGUGCUAGUAGAAACGGUGUGAACCCAAGUGCUAAUACUAGAAGUAACCAGCCUGCAAAUGGGCCGCAGAGACCACACUAUGCACCCAAGCCAGCUUCUUCUAGUGGCAAUCCAAAUGCUGGUAGAGACGGUGUGCAUCCAAGUGGUAACACUACAAGUGGGCCGCAGAAGCAACCAAAUUCUCAUAAGCCAGCUUCUUCUAGUGCCAAUCCAAGUGCUAACACUAGAAGUAAUAAGCCUGCUCCUGGUCCUGCUCCUGGGCCUGUUAAUUCAUCAAAACAGAUGUUUUGGACAACAUGCAAUGGAUGCAAGACACGAAGCGAGUGUCGAAAGGAUCUUUAUCUAAACAAGACCAUGCGUUGUCAAAACUGUGGACAGAGUUACAUUGCAACCGAGAAUAAUCCAUGGGACUUUCAUGUGAACAACUUAAACAGAGCACUAGCUUUUAUUCGACAACGACAACAACAACAACGGAUCAAUGGUGCUCAAAAUCAAGCAACCAACAGAAACACAAACGGAGCUUCUUCUUCUUCUUCUUCCCCUUCCUUUGGUGCAACCAAGAAUCAUCCAUGGGAAAGUUAUGUGACUCAACUCAAGUACACAUUGUCUCUUGUUGUCCAACGACAACAAGAGUGGAUCACUCAAAAUCAAGCAGCAAACAACAACACAAGUACUUCCUCCCAAUAUGUUGGUGCAACUCCACAAGAUGCGUUUGCUUUGCAGCAAGUACACUCGACACUUUCUUCUCUUCUACAAAAAUGGAAUGCAGUGAGGAACAUUAAUGGGACACCUUCUGUUAGUGCAACCGGGAAAGUUCCACAUGCCAGUGUUGUGAGGCCAGUGAACGUUUCAUCAUCGUCUCCUCAACAACAACAAGGGAGUGGUAAAAGCCAAACAACAAACACAUAUAAAAAUGGAGCUUCUUCUUCACCAUAUGUUGGUGCAACCGCAACAACUCUACCGGGAAGUUUUGUGUGGCCUGGUGUCAACCUUUCAUCACAACAACAAUGCGGCGCCCAAAACACAACAAGUAGUGGUCCUAAUUAUCCUUCAUCUACUUCACCAUCUGUUGGUGCAACCAUGAAAACUCCACCUGGAAGUUUUGUGUGGCCAGGCUCCAACUUCUCAUCAUCUCCUCAACAACAACAACAAUGGAGUGGGAAAAACACAAGUGGUGGUGGUACUUAUUUUCCUUCAUCAUCUUCUGGUAGUGUCCACCAUAAGUGUUCAGUGUCAGUACCUUCUAAUAGCGGAAAUGCCGCAAGUCAAGCACAAGAAAGAUCUAAAAGAGGACUUGAGGAUUCUCAAGAAACGGUUUCUGGUAUAGAGAGUAUUCUCAAGAAGAUGAGGAAAGAUGUGGUUUAA